AUGGCAGCUGGAAACCACUCCACAGUGGCAGAGUUCAUACUUGGGGGGCUGACAAGCCGGCCAGAGCUCCAGCUCCCCCUCUUCUUCCUCUUCCUGGGCAUCUACCUGGUCACCAUGACGGGGAACCUGGGCAUGAUCGUGCUGAUCUGCCUGAGUCCUCAGCUUCACACCCCCAUGUACUACUUCCUCAGCAACCUGUCCCUCGUGGACCUCUGCUACUCCUCCGCCAUCACCCCCAGGAUGCUGGUCAACUUUGUGGCCGAGCAGAACCUCCUCUCCUACGCGGGCUGCAUGGCCCAGCUCUACUUCUUCCUGGUGUUCGUCAUUGCCGAGUGCUACAUGCUCACCGUCAUGGCCUACGACCGCUACGUGGCCAUCUGCAGCCCUCUGCUCUACGGCGCCAUCAUGUCUCUGCGCAGCUGCGCCCUGCUGGUGGCGCUGGUCUACGCCAUGGGCCUCACCGGCGCCACCAUCGAGACGGGUCUCAUGCUCCAGCUGUCCUACUGUGAGCGGCUCAUCGGGCACUACUUCUGCGACAUCCUGCCCCUCAUGAAGCUCUCCUGCUCCAGCACCUACGCCGUGGAGCUCACUGUCUUCCUCCUGGCGGGAUUCAACAUCAUAGUCACCGGCCUGACCGUCCUCAUCUCCUACGCCUUCAUCGUCGCCAGCAUCCUCCGCAUCAGCAGCACAGAGGGCCGGACCAAGGCCUUCGGCACCUGCAGCUCCCACCUGGCCGCCGUGGGGCUGUUCUACGGCUCCACAGCUUUCAUGUACCUGAAGCCAUCUACGGCCAGUUCCCUGGCCCAGGAGCAGGUGGCCUCCGUGUUCUACACCACCGUGAUCCCCAUGCUGAACCCCCUGAUCUACAGCCUGAGGAACAAGGAGGUGAAGGACGCUGUGCAGAAAACGCUGAGGAAGAGGUUCUGA